GGCUGCCGUCGGGCCGGGGGAGCGGAAGGGGCGCGGGGCGGGCGGUGACGCGGCUUCCGGGCGCCAUUCCGUGCGGCGCCAUGACGGACCGGUACACCAUCCACAGCCAGCUGGAGCACCUGCAGUCCAAGUACAUCGGCACGGGGCACGCCGACACCACCAAGUGGGAGUGGCUGGUCAACCAGCACCGCGACUCCUACUGCUCCUACAUGGGCCACUUCGACCUGCUCAACUACUUCGCCAUCGCCGAGAACGAGAGCAAGGCGCGCGUCCGCUUCAACCUCAUGGAGAAGAUGCUGCAGCCCUGCGGGCCGCCCGCCGACAAGCCCGACGAGUCCUAGCCCGGGCCCUGCCCCUGCCCCUGCCCCUGCCCCGGGAUGGAGCCGCCCGGCCGCCUGCCCACAGCCAGCCCCGCAGCGCCUGCCCGCCCGCUGGCCUCCGCAGCCCCCGGUCCCUCUGUCCUGCUUCGUGUGUGCCGGCGGGGAGAUGCUGGGACAACGCCUGCACCUGGACAGUUCUUCUCAGUUGAACACUGUUCAAUUUCUCUCUCUUUUUUUAAAAAAAAUAAAAUUCAGUGGGCAUUUCUGAUGUCUUGUUUGGUAAUGUGCUAGUAAGAGUGCUUGGUUCUAAAAGGAAUGGUGGUUACUCGGUGUUGUUCAGUACAGCUGUACGGAGUGAUGGCAACAACUGUUUAACAGAUAGUGUCUUCCCAGCCUCGCCAUUUGGCACUUGCUUACCAGAGCUAUGUUCUGGGGAGGGAGAGGAGGAAGCGCGUGGUCUAUAAAAGGGUUUGAUUUGUUGUUAACCUUUGGGGUGAUCUGUGAUGCCGUGUAGGUCCAUUGCUCCAAGGCCUUAAAACUUCACUGUGACUUUACUUUGCUGUUUUUUGUCUCAUCUUCUCAUCUGUACUUUGCGUUUUCCAAAUUUUGACCCUCUCUGUUCCAGCUUAUUUUUUUUAACCAAUGUUUGUAGCAAUCUAAUUAAAAAACUUUGUAUGAUUCACUGUGCAAGUGAGUAACAGCGUGGGGUUAGGUACUGUGGGUAUGCAAUCAGUGAUACGGAGGCUAGAGAAAAGCUAAACCAUUUUGCCAAAUGUCACAUACAAAUUUUUCUUCCAAUGAGAAAAACAAGGGUAAUUCAUUAU